AUGCCGCAACUACGGCUGGGCUCCGUAGCACCGGAUUUUGAAGCGCAAACUACGCAUGGGCGUAUCCGUUUUCAUGAAUGGUCACGCAAUGCGUGGGCUGUAUUGUUUUCCCAUCCAGACGACUUUACGCCGGUAUGCACGACUGAGCUAGCCGAAGUGGCGCGACGCUCUGCUGAGUUUGAGAAACGUGGUGUUAAAGUCAUCGGUCUAUCUGCAAACGACAUUACCUCUCAUGCGCGAUGGGUAAAGGACAUACGCGCAUUAGCAAAGACUGAGGUUACAUUCCCGAUCAUUGGCGACCCGGAGCGGAAAAUUGCCACUCAGUACGAUAUGUUGGAUGCUCUAGAUCCAAGCAAUGUUGAUGCUAAUGGAUUACCAUUGACCGUGCGUGAUGUGUUCGUCAUUGAUCCAAACCACAUUAUCCGGCUGAAAAUCUCGUAUCCUGCGUCAACAGGCCGUGAUUUUGACGAGAUUUUGCGCGUGAUUGAUUCUCUUCAGUUGGGCGACGAGCACCGCAUCACUACGCCGGCCAAUUGGCGCCCCGGCGACAGAGUUAUCAUUCACCCCAGUGUCCACGACGAAGAGGCUAAAGCUAGGUUCCCAGACUAUGAGACAGUCUUUCCGUAUUUGCGUUUGGCAAAGGAUCCUACUUCAGAAGGGUGCUAG